AUGGCGAUGAUGAUGACUGGCCGUGUGCUGCUGGUGUGUGCCCUCUGCGUGCUGUGGUGCGGUGCCGGCGGUGGCGAUGGCAGUGCGGUUGAGUAUUCCUUCGCGGGACGGCUUGCUUGGCUGCGGAAGGAAUGCGCAGAGGAGGUCGGCAGGAGGAUAGGGGGCCGUGUGAAUGUGUCGGCCGUUGAGGAAUGCGUGCGUCGGGGGAUGGACGGUGUGCGUGCCGUU